CUGACUGUUCCUGAACAGAGUUCACACUUUGCCACCUUCCUUGCCAAACCCUGGGAUUCAUUACAGUGGCCAGACACCAAGACACCUACGGAUAAACAGGACACGAGUACUGUAUGCUUGCUGAGUGCUCUUGGAAGGGCCAGAGCGAGACUUCCACAUCUUCCUCUUUCCUCACCCUGUUUCCUUGGCUCAGGGUCUCUAGCUGAACCGGAGGCUUUCUGUUUAGGUUAAGCUGGCUGGCCAGGGUCCGGGGUUCUGCUUGAACCUCUACUUUCAAUGAUGCGGCCACUCUCGCCACACCAGGCUCUUCACUUGGGUGUGGGGAUUAAACUCAGAUUCUCAUGCAGAGCAAGCGUCUUACCUACUGAGCCACAUCUCCCCAGCGCUCAGGAACUUAAAAAAAGUAUGACCCCAUACGACACAGGCCAUAUAAUAACAAGGAAGUACCCACCGUUCACGGGAACUCAGUAUUAACUGGGCACCCUGUGUUUUAAUUUGUGCAACUUGGCACUCGCUCCUGGCACGGCUGUUUUAGCUGGUGCCGGGGAAGGUGGGACUGAGGAUGGUUUUGGUCUCAUGGAGUGCAAGGCUAGAACUUCCAGAGAUUUCCCCCGACUCUACCCAUGACUGCUAAAAGCCCUUCACAGGCCUAGUUAUCUUCCUAUUGCAGAGCAGGCCGCACAGCCCCCCACCCCAUACUCAGUACUUUUGGGACGGGGAAAAAUCAAGAAGCCUGAGGUUCUGGCGGGAUCUGCGUGGAUUUUGCUCCGGUAAAUGUGCAGAGCGCCGGCCAAUCCGGUGUCCGAGAACCCGGGCGCGGCGUCCCAGAGCCAGCCGCUCACCCCCCGCGGCCUGGCCUCCGACCCGCGCAGCGCUCGCGAGUCCUUCCCCGGCCGCGGCUCCGCACGGCGGGGGCUGGGGACGCCUACUUCCCUGGGCGCCCAGCUCUGCCUGCUGAGACUCAGAGACCCUGCACGCUACACUGGGAUCCAGUGAGUGACUCCGGCAAUGCUGCCCCGAUGGGAACUGACUCUUUACCUGCUUGCUUCCCUGGGCUUCCACCUCUACUCUUUCUAUGAAGUUUACAAAGUCUCCAGGGAGCAUGAAGAUGAACUGGACCAGGAAUUUGAGCUGGAGACGGACACUCUAUUUGGAGGACUGAAGAAGGACCCGACUGACUUUGAGUGGAAUUUCUGGCUGGAAUGGGGGAAGCGGAGCCUGGUGUGGCUCUUCCUUGGCCAUGCAGCUGUGUCUCAGUUGGCCACGCUGCUCGCAAAGAAGCACAGACCCUGGAUCGUCAUGGUCUAUGGGAUGUGGGCCUGUUGGUGUGUGCUGGGGGCCCCAGGUGUGGCCAUGGUCUUUCUCCAUGCCACGAUUGCCUUCUGCGUGGCCCAGUUCCGGUCAGUGCUCCUGUCCUGGCUGUGUUCUCUCCUCUUGCUCUCCACCCUGAGACUGCAAAGUGUGGAGGAGGUUAAGAGGCAGUGGUAUGAGACAGACAGUGAAUACUACCUGCUGCAGUUCACGUUGACUGUUCGCUGCCUGUUCUACACCAGCUUCAGCCUGGAGCUGUGCCGGCAGCCUGCGCCUGCGCCUGCCCAGCCGGCCGCCUCUUCCUUCCCGUGGCUGCUGGCCUACGUCUUUUAUUAUCCUGUCUUCCACAACGGACCCAUCCUCAACUUCCCAGAGUUCUACAAACAGAUGCAGCAGCCAGAGCUCAGCUCUCCGAAGCAAAGCCUUUGCAUUCUAGCCAAGGGCCUGGGCCGCCUGCUCUGCUGGUGGUGGCUGGCUGAAUUGAUGGUCCACCUCAUGUUCAUGCAUACCCUCUACAGCAGCCCCCUCCUGGAGAGCGUUUCCUGCUGGACCUUAGGAGGACUGGCCUUGGCCCAAGUACUCUUCUUCUAUGUGAAAUACUUGGUGCUCUUCGGUGUUCCAGCUCUGCUCAUGCGCCUGGAUGGGCUCACACCGCCACCCCUUCCCCGCUGCGUCAGCACCAUGUUCAGCUUUACCGGGAUGUGGAGGUAUUUUGAUGUUGGACUACACAAUUUCCUGAUCAGGUAUGUGUACAUUCCACUGGGCGGGUCCCAGCGUGGCCUGCUGGGAACGCUGCUUUCUACCGCUGUGACCUUUGCAUUUGUGAGCUACUGGCACGGCAGCUAUGAAGACCUCUGGUGCUGGGCAGCGCUCAACUGGCUGGGAGUCAUCGUGGAGAGCGGAGUCCAGAGGCUGCUGGAGAGGCGCUGUGUCCUGGAGACCUUGACCCGGUACCUCUCCCCGCAAGCUCGCUGCCGGCUGCACGCUCUGCUUGCCUCUUGCUCGACCUCCAUGCUGAUCCUGUUCAACCUGGUGUUUCUCGGGGGGAUUCAAGUUGGCAAAACCUACUGUGACAGGAUCUUCCUGCAAGGCUGGCCGUGGGUGACCCUGUCUGUCCUGGGGUUUCUGUACUGUUAUUCACAUGUGGGUAUCGCCUGGGCUCACACAUACACAGUUCUCUAAUGCUACUGGCCCAGGCCAGCCUGGCUAUCAGCCUUCAAGGGACAUGGCAUUUCAACUGGGCCUCUUACUCUGAGACCAUCCCUGAGGACACCUUCUACUCCAAGACCAUACCUGAGGACACCUUCCAUUCUGAGAGCAUCCCUGAGGACACCUUCCAUUCUGAGACCACCCCUGAAGACACCUUCCAUUCCGAGAGCAUCCCUGAGGAUACCUUCCACUCUAAGAGCAUCCCUGAGGACACCUUCCAUUCCAAGAGCAUCCCUGAGGACACCUUCCAUUCCGAGAGCAUCCCUGAGGACACCUUCUAUUCUGAGACCACCCCUGAGGACACCUUCCACUCAUCUUCUGCUGAAGAUGCUUCAUUCUGAGCCUCACAUCUUUAUCACAGAAAAUGUACAACCUGAAAAUAUUCUAAUUUUGGAGCCUCAAAAAUUCUCUGCCUACCCCAAUAAGCCUCUCAGUGCAUAAGCUAGAGUUCAGAGCAGUCUCGGGUUCUUCCCAACUAUACAUGGUGACAUCUGUUCUAGAACUUACCGUAAACCUGUUGAAAGGUUCAGCACGGUGGACACUUAUUGUCUGGGAAUAGACGUCCUGGUCGGGAUAGGCCUGCCUCUCUGAGACAUUCCAUUAUGUUUUGAUGACCCUUUUCCAUGUUCUGCAUCUGGGGACUCUGGACUGGCCUGCAUGUAAUGGUCCUUAGCAGGGAGGCGGCAAAGCCAUAGCCGUGUUCCAGGUGGCCUGGCUAACAUGGGCGAUGUACAUGUGGAGCAUCCCAGGGAGUUCUGCAGUCUGAACCUUACUGGGGCAUCCACACAGCUGCUGUUCUUCAAGACCGGCAGCCAUGGAGUCCCCUGACCCUUCUUUCUCAGCCCUUCUGUCCAGCAUGGCAGUUUAAAAGCCAGAAGAUGGGUGCUCCCACAGACAGGUGCUAUUGGGCAAGUCCUCAGGAAGGGUGUUGGCCUAAGGUCCCACAUGUUAAGUGUGUUUUGCUUAGACGGUUUUAUUGUCUUGUUCUCAUUCAAAUAACUGAGAAUUUAUUGUAUACCCUUUGUUACAUAGAUAAUUUACAUUUUUCUAUACUUAUUUUGGAUAUUUUCAAAUAAAAAGAUUGAGAUCUAAACCUGCAUAACUUGACACUUCAUCCCUCCAGACAGAUGUUGGGCAGGCGACCGCUGACAAGAGGUGAGUGACGUGAAUUCUGCGUGGUUUUGCGGGGGAGGAGGAGAGGGAGGCAGCUUUCAGAGGAGCUCGUGUAUGGAGCAAAUGUGGACGAAUGCUUAACACUCCAGCUGCA